AAAGAAACGAAAUGCUCAGAAUGGAAUGACAUUGUGACUUCUUGAUUCGCUGAAAAUUUCAAAAAAUUUAGUGGUUCAUUUGACCCCAAACAAUUAUUAAUUAUUAUUUAUUUUAUUGGCAGCAAACCAAGAAAUCUGUUAUUCAUCCAGCCCUACUCUGGACUGCCCCAGUUACUCCCUGGCUGUUCUGUGCCGAUCUGCUUCUUCUAAAGAUCCAUCUCCAUGUGCUUGCUUGUGCUGGCCUGCCCCCUCUGGGUGGUUUUAAGGUUGCUUUUUAUUAUGGUGCCAGCUGUGAAAGGGAUUUUCGCAGUUUAGCAACACUAGAGCACAAACAGAAUGAAUGCCAGAUAGCACUGAAGGGAGCCUAACUGCUGAAAAUCCCAGGUUAUCAGUAACACCUCGAGAGUCAUAAUUAAUCUUCAGUUAACCAAGAGUUUAGGUUAUCUGCAGUCUGGUAUAAAGGAUUUUGCUUUGUAUGCACAAUAGUGUGUGUUUGUGUUUGUUAGAGAGAGAGAGAGAGAGUGCCCUCUAGGGAUAUUGCAAAGGAUAUAUCCGACUUUCAGGAAGGUUAAUUUUCACAGCUAAACAAGUUUUGUUCUCUUUGAAAGCUAUUGGUAUUCCUGUUAUCUUCUAUUAGCAGGAAUGUGAUAAAUGGUUCAGCCCACCUCUUAGGCAGCUGUGAGGAAAUUAUUUGAAUUCAACUAAUAAGUUUCUUUUUAUGCCUAGAGUUAAUUAUUACAGCUGGAGGUGAAAAUGUGCCUCCGAUCCCAAUUGAAGAUGAGGUCAAAAAGGAACUGCCCAUUGUUAGCAAUGUUAUGUUGAUUGGAGAUCAAAAGAAGUUCUUAUCAAUGUUGCUGACCUUAAAGAGUACUCUGGACCCAGAUACAUCCGAUCCUACUGACUAUCUGACAGAGCAAGCCAGAGAAUUCUGCCAGAAAAUUGGCAGCAAAGCCACUAAAGUGUCAGAGAUUGUGGCAACAAGAGAUCUGGCUGUUUACCAGGCCAUUCAAGAAGGAAUCAACAGAGUCAACAUGAAGUCCACUGCCAGUGUUCAGCAUAUUCAGAAAUGGACAGUCCUGGAAAGGGAUUUCUCCAUUUCUGGUGGAGAAUUUGGUCCUACGAUGAAAUUAAAACGACUUGCUGUGCUUGAAAAAUACAAAGAUGAAAUUGAUUCGUUUUACAAAGAAUAAAGCUAGUCUUCGUGCCAAGUAUUGUCUGCAAGUUUCCCAUGAAGCAAAACAAAUUCACCAACUCUGUGUUGCCAGAAACAGCUCCCAACAAAUGCAUUUGAGGAUUUACUUUUUAGGCUAGCACACCUACCAUUUGUUUUGCAUCCUAUGCAACAGGCAUUAGAAGAGAAACAUCCAUAUAAAGAUCUAGUUGUAAUUCAGCCUGCAAAGUAAUAAAAUUUCUUGCUACAGAUAAGUAUUUAUAUUGCCCGUCGUGAAUAUUUUACUUUUGGUCUUAAAUGAGUUAAACUUAAUGACAUACUAAUGUGGGUUUAACUGUUUAUUGUAAGGAUGUAGCUCGCAUUCUUAUGGGGUGGGUAAAAGAAUAAGAGAAGACUAAGCAACACCCUGAUGGAUAUUUCUUACAGUUUUUAUAGUUCUG